UCCAACGGACUGAUACAUGUCCUCGGCUGAAGAAAGAGCUAGCAAGGAAGAAAACUGUUUAAUGUUACUAACGAAAUUAAAAGUCGGAAAUGUCGCUACAGUCCAAAACUCAUGCCGCUUAGCGUUACAACCGUAUCUACUGUUGAACUAGAUAUUUUAUAGAAAACGUUAUUCUUACAAGGCUAUGAGCGAUACUUGUCGAGGAAGUCGUCCAGCUGGCUAGCUAAAAAGUAGCUAGCUGUCGUUCUUUGUUAUGUUUUUUAGUUAAAGGUCCGUGUAAACAUGAAGAUUAACUAGUUCACUUUAACAUUUAAGGUUCAUAUAGGAGGUUUAUACUCAUGUACGUAGUAUAUUUUCCAGUGUUUAGUUGACCUGGAAUUAAAUGUUUUCUGGAAUAUUAGACAAAACUACUAUUAGCCACCGAGAGCAACUUUAGCAACACAGAUCUGAUUUUUAACGUCGGGACGGGACUGGAGACACGAAGAUAUGGGCAACUGUCUCAAGUCUCCGACAUCAGACGACAUUUCUCUGCUUCAUGAAUCCCAGUCGGACAGGGCGAGCUUCGGCGACGGGACAGACCCGGACCUGGAGCCACCUCCGCCGUACCAGGAGCAGGCUCACAUGCCCAUGUACCACCCCACGCCCAGCCAGGCCCGUCUGGCCACCCAGCUGACGGAGGAGGAGCAGAUCCGCAUCGCUCAGCGCAUCGGCCUCAUCCAGCACCUCCCUAAGGGGGUCUAUGACGGGGGGCAGGACGGCUCGGAGAAAAAGAUUAGAGAAUGCGUAAUCUGUAUGCUGGACUUUGUAUACGGGGACCCCAUCCGGUUCCUGCCGUGCAUGCACAUCUACCACAUGGACUGUAUAGACGACUGGCUGAUGAGGUCCUUCACCUGCCCCUCCUGCAUGGAGCCUGUGGAUGCUGCCCUGCUCUCCACCUAUGAGACCGCCUGAUUUUUUUUCUUCACGCCUCCAGUCCCAAACUAAGAUCAAACACGACCCCUUCAGCCCCAAAUACACACACACACACUCUUAAACCCAACAACUGCCCUUUUAUAGAGUGAGAUGAGCUAUAAAAAUAUGUCUUGGCUGUUUUCUUGCACUUUGAAAUAUUCAAAAAUUACUCACCUAAUGUUGGCCUUCCAUGCCCCUAGGUCUACAAAAUAAGCUGGUCUUAAACAUCAGUUACACAAGUGUGUGUUUGUGUGUGUCUGACAGUAAGCACCUUGGGUGUGUGUGUGUCAGCUGUUUGAUGACUUUGCAUUUCCACUUGAGCCGGUCUCAGUGGCAUCUCCCCGUGUGUUCCCAGUUCACCUUCAUUCUCCGUGAGUAGACAUUCAAAUCGAUAUUUUACAUUAACAGUUUUUUUUAACAACAUGCUAAAAAAGUGUUGCUAGAAAUCUGUUUGGGAAAAUGUUUUCCGUGGCAACAGUAAGACUGAACAUGCUCUCACAUUAAAAUGGCCCUUUGGAGGUAAGGGAAUACAUAGCUCAAGUUUACACUGUUGGUGUUAGAUAUCAAAAGAAAUCACUCUCCAGUUUGUCAGGAGUACAAAAGAAUUAUGCACACCCUUAAUAGAAAUCACCCAAAGUUUAUAAGUACACAAUGAUCACCUACAGGAGAUCUGCGCUAAAUGUCUUUUGGCUACUCCAAGUGGCUGAACCUUAAAGAAGAUGUGUUUAAGGCAAAAUGUUGUUGUGUAAUGUGAAUGUUUCCCCAGGCGGUGUGUAAAGAAGCUGGCAGCCAAUGUAAAGGGCUCAUUUGUGCAUGGGCAGGUGGAUCAGUCAGUCAAAAAUUAGAAAUGCUUGCACACACUUUUCAUCUGAUCCAGAGAUUUGCACUUUACUUAUAGGACAGUAUCUAAACAAUAUAUUAAUAUAUGUACCUUAUAACCUUGCACUAUCGAUACUUCAUUCCUUUGUUUCCUGAGAGGCACAAGUUAUAAUAACUGAAAAGGUUUUCAAAGCUGUCAGUAGUCACUUAUCACAUUGAAGUAAACCUGAAUUUCAUGAAAUCUGUGAUUUGCUAGUGUGAGCCUCCGCUUGGUUCUGCUUGACUUUUGAUUUGUGUGUGUUUUUGUGUCAAAGUGAAGGGGCAGAGGCUUUCUCCAGUUUAAAGGACAAGUUCGACAUUUGGGGAAAUAUGCACAUCCACUUAGAUAUUAAGAGUUAAAUGAGUAGGUCAUUCUGUUUAUUAACCAAUCAGCUGGUGCCAGGAGGGGAUUAGUCUAGCAAUAAAGACUGUAAGCAGGGUGAAACUGCAGGCAUGAUAGUCACAAACACACCUAGCACCUCCGAAACUCAGUCCUUUGUGGUUUUGGGAGGAGUUUGACAACAGUUGAUUGACAACUAUUAAAAUCAUUCAACUCUCUCUUUACCUAUUUAACUACAGAUUUAAGAAACAUGAGCUAACAUGUUGAUUAACUAUUUAACUGCUGGUAGGCUAACUCUUUAACUUUGGACAGAAGUGGUUUCCCACCUCUUCCAGUCUUUAUGCUAAGCUAAACUAAAUGCCUCCCCAGUAUCAUUGUGCUCAUCUCCUGGCAACAGAUCGGUUAAGCAUAUUUCCCAACAUGUCGUACUGUUUCUUUAAGAAAGAAAAUUGGGUUCUUGAUGAGUAGACGUUAGCACAGUCAUUUAACAUUAUUUUUUUUUACAUGGUUAUCUCCAUUUACUGUAACAGUAGUAACAAUCAUUUAUUUUUGAUUUGUGGCAUUGUUUGUUGAAAGUGUGGCUGUCUUUUUUUAUGUUACCUGUGUUUUAUCUUUUUUUUAUGUUUGUGUAAAAUCCACUUUGCAUUUAGGUUAGUAAGUAUUUCACUUUUACACUGGUGUAAGCCUGACGGCGAGCCUCUGUCCCAAAUUAAUUUCAGUGUGUGAGACAAUUCUUUUAAGGUGUGAUAGUUACAACUGAUGUAUCAAGUUUUCCAUUUAGCUUUCCUUUGCUGUGUUUUUCAUUUUAAGUUUAUUCUGAGAAUUAAUAUUUCCUGUAAUCUUGUUUUUCUUUUCUUUUGGGAGGCUAAAAGGCCAUCAUGUUAAAAAAUAAAGAGAGAAAAAAUA